AUGAAAUUUCUUGUCUGCUUAUUUAUUACUCUUGGUGUUACCUGUGGUGCUAUAUUACCACUCAAACCCAACUGUGCCCAUGUUUUCUGUACGAUGAAUCUUCAGAUUUGUCCUGAUGGUACACGCGCUCCAAUUCCAGCUGGUGGAUGCUGUCCAUCAUUGAGUGCUUGCCGACCAAAUAUUCAGUCAAUCAAACCCAUUAGUCGCCGAAGCAAUCCAUUAGGUUCACUUCUUUCUGGUACCAAUAUUUUACAAACAUUGACCAGUGCUACACAUGGUACUAAUUUGGGAACAGCUUUAUCAAUUUUAAAUUUACUUAAUAAUGUUCAUCAAUUAUCAAAUGAUAUUCAUCAAAUUCCUCUUUUGAUCAAUCAAACACUUGCCAACAUUCUCAAUGGCACAGGUCAAGCUGGUCAAGUCAUUGUCGAUCAAUUGAUUGGUGCUGUUACUAAUAUGACACAUCAAAAUGCUGCUAGUCGAAAUCUUUUAAGUGCUCUUGGUCAAAAUACAAAUUUACUUUCAAGUAUUGGCCAUCUGUUACCACAAGGUACAUCAAUUUCGACCAUUCUUUCCAUUCUCAGUUUAUUAAACAAUGUUAAUCAAUUUAAUCAUGAUAUUCAUCAAAUACCUGCUGUACUUAAUGAAACAUUAGCUCACAUUGUUGCCGGUGCAGGUCAAGCUGGUGAAGUUGUCGUUCAACAAUUACUUGGUCUUCUUGGUUCUAAUACCGCUUCAAGUCGAAAUCUUUUAAGUGCUCUUGGUCAAAAUACAAAUUUACUUUCAAGUAUUGGCCAUCUGUUACCACAAGGUACAUCAAUUUCGACCGUUCUUUCCAUUCUCAAUUUAUUAAACAAUGUUAACCAACUUAAUCAUGAUAUUCAUAAAAUACCUGCUGUACUUAAUGAAACAUUAGCUCACAUUAUUGCAGGUGCAGGUCAAGCAGGUCAAGUUGUCGUUCAACAAUUACUUGACCUUGCUGGAAGUCAAUCACAAGCUGCUAGCCGUAAUCUUUUGGAUUCACUUGGUCACAAUGCUAAUUUAUUAUCAACUGUCUCACAUCUUUUACCACAAGGUACAUCAAUUUCAACAGUUCUUUCAUUAUUAAAUUUAUUGAGCAAUGUUAAUGCUCUUAAUACUGACCUUCAUCAAAUUCCAGUUGUUCUUCAAGAAACCCUUCAAAAUAUCCUUAAUGGUGUUCAAAAUAUUUUACCACCAACAAUUCAACCAGUCCAAGGAUCAUCAUAA